AUGUCCAAAUUCGAUUCCUGUCCUGAUAUCCACCUGGACCUGUUCUUCGAGGUGCUCAUAGUCGGCGGCGGCACCUGUGGGCUUGCCGUGGCGCUGAGACUCUGUGAAAACGCUCCAGGGCUGAUUUACACUGAAGAAGAGCACCAGAGGUUCCACUGGUUGAAGAACCGGGGGUCCAAAGUGAGUACAAUCCAUAAAGGGAUGACCAAAACGUCCAAAUACGUCGCUCCCACGAAACUCACCGCCGAAAACAUCCUUGUUCUCGAUGCACUUCUGGAUUCGUUCAUGGGCGGCUGGGAUAACCAGUUCAGAUCGUGCCAGAUCCCCCAUUUGCGUCUGCCCAUGUUCUUCCACCCAGAUCCGGUCAAUAUCGACGGGAUGAUCACGUACGCCCACACGACCCACCGAGAGAAAGACCUCAUGGAGAUCCAGAACGUGGUGGGUAAAGAGUACCUGAAGCACCAGAUCAAGCGUACGAUGAAGAAGAAGUCCAAAGCGAAACAGCCAGCAGUGAUUGGCGACCAGGCGGGUGGAAACCAGAGAAACCACGACCGUCUGGGCAUUGUCGAUAUCAACAUGCGUGACUGGAGAGACUACUACCGGCCGCUGACGCCCUUUUUCCGUGAUUUCUGUGAUGACUUGAUUGACAGGUACAGUUUACAUGAUUGUGUACGUAAAGACGAAGUCGCCAGCAUGAAAUACACCGAUUUGCAUAUUUUCGAUAAGAGCUACGUGGAAAAAGGGUUUGUGGUGACCACUCACAGUGGAAAGACGUAUGGGUGCAAAACGUGCAUUGUUGCCAGUGGCCAUAGGGGUAAGAUUAAUUAUCCUAUUUGUGGAUUGGGCGAUAAGAAGCCCAGUUUGGACGCUUCGUGCCAUACGACGGAUAUUUUCAAUGAGAGAGUGCCGUUCCCUCAUCCCAGGUUAUUGGAAAAGCUAGGCAGCGAGCCAGAGAGAGAGAAGAAGCGGGCUGGAUCCAGAGCUUCUAGAGACGAUACUUCUAAAAAGAUGCCCAGGGAAAUGAAGGAGGCCAUGGAGAAGGAGGCCAUGGAGAAGAAGGAAAUGGCGCCAGUUAUGGAGAAGAAGGAGAUGGAACCAGUUAUGGAAGAGUCCAUGGAGAAGAAGGAAAUGAUGGAGAAGCCAAUGGAGAAGGAGUCCAUGGAAUCUGAAAAGCCUGAAAUGAUGGACUCUAUGGAAAAUAAGGAAAUGGACUCUUCAAAGAAUGAAAUGGACUCUUCUAAGAAGGAAAUGGACUCUUCAAAGAAUGAAAUGGACUCUUCUAAGAAGGAAAUGGACUCUUCAAAGAAGGAAAUGGGCUCUAUGGAGAAAAUGGAGCCUUCAAUGGACUCAAAGGAGCCUUCAAUGGAAAAGACCAUGAACGAAAACUCCAUGAAAGCCAUGUCUCAUGUUUCUGUUUCUCCAAGUUCAAGCACAGACUCCCUCAUUGAUUCAGUUCCCUCCUCUCUCAGAGGCUCUUUGCUGUCGAUGACCUCCUACGAAGAAGCCCAAGAAAUGACCCAGGAAGAUAUUGCCAACGACUUGGAGCUGAAGAGAAUGAAGAAGAAGAAGGCCAGGGCUAUGGAAAUGAAGGAGAAGAUGAUGAUGAAGGAGAAGGAAAUGCAGAAGGAGAAGGACAUGGCCAUGAUGAAAGAGAAGGAAAUGGAGAGGAAAGAGAUGAUGCAGAAGAAGGAGGAAAUGGAAAGUGAGGAGGAAGAAGAAGAAGAUGAAGGUUCUGAAAUGGAAAAGAAGGAAAUGAUGGAAGUUCCAGAAAUGAAGGAGAAGAAGGAAAUUAAUGAAAUGUCUAAGGAACCAGAAAUGAUGGAGAAGAAGGAAGUUCCAGAAAUGAAGGAAGUUCCAGAAAUGACUGAAAUGAAGGAAAUGAGUGAAAAGAAGGAAAUGAAAGGUACUUCUAUGGAACCUGAGAUGUUCAAAGAACCUGAAAUGAUGAAGAAGCCUUCGAUGAUGGAGGAACCUUCAAUGUCUAAGGAACCAGAGAUGAUGUCUAAAGAGCCAGAAAUGUCCAAGGAGUCUGAAAUGAUGUCUAAAGAACCUUCAAUGAUGUCUAAAGAAUCAGAGAUGUCUAUGGAACCUCAAACGAUGGAAAAGUCUUCAAUGUCUAUGGAACCUUCAAUGUCUUCUGAACCUCCAAUGAGGUCUGAAGACCAAAUGGAGCCUCCUUCGUCCCACUUCAAGGACACCUCUAUUCCUCCAAACAGUUCCCGUAAAAUGUCCGAACACAUCGACCCCAAAGACGUUUCCUCCGUCCAAAUGGACCAGCCAAUGGCCCAAAAGACCUCCAUGACCUCCAAAUCCUCUGGGAAACCCCACUUGGUUAUCGUUGGAGGCGGUUUAACGUCAGCCCAGCUCGCCCACGUCGCUUGCACGAAAGGAAUCAAAGUGACGCUUGUUCUUCGAGGCCCCGUCAAAAUCAAACACUUUGAUUUCCACUUGGACUGGGUCACAAAGUACAGAAACGUCAAGAAAUCGGCUUUCUACAUGCUCGAUACCGACGAAGAACGUGCCCAGCUUAUUCUAGACGCCAGAGGAGGCGGCCUGAUCAACCCAGAGUACCAUAUGAAGAUCAACAAGCACCAGGCAGCCAAGAGGCUUCUGCUUAUGAAGUAUACGACCAUGGAAAACGGCCAUUUCGACGAAUCCACCAAUAUGUGGAACAUGGACCUUGUAACCAGACAAGAAGGCGAAGAACCAAAAGUUACCAAUGUCGAUGCUGACUAUGUGAUUUGUGCUACUGGCAUUCUGCCUGAUUUACAUGGCCUUGGCUUCCUUGACAAUAUUAUUGAAGACUACCCUAUAGAUAUAGUUGGAGGCUUCCCUUGUCUUACAGAUAACCUCCAGUGGUGUGAAGAGCUUCCAUUGUAUAUGGUUGGAAAGAACGCCAGUUUGCGUAUUGGGCCUACUUCAGCCAAUUUGGACGGCGCCAGGACGGGAGCUGAAAGGGUUGGCUGGAAGAUCCAGGAGGAUUUGGUCAAGGAAGAGAAGAAGUCGGAUGACGAUACGAGACUACAGCUUGCGGGGGGUAAUUUGAACUGGUAUACGCUUCUCGGCGAGGCGUAG